AUGGCUUCUUACCAAACGGCAGCUCCGCGUAUAGACCACGACAUCUGGAUAAAACACAUUGCUUCUCCCUUCAAUGAUCAAAGAUGGUCAAGUGCAACCCUCGCCGACGAAGACGCAGAUAGCGAUUAUGAUGAUUAUGAUGAACCUCGAGGUCGCCCAGGCGAAUCUCGUGGACAUCCUCAAGCUGAUCCACCACCGUAUCCUGGGGGGAAGCCAGGUGGAAAGCCAGGGGGAAAGCCAGGUGGGAAACCAGACCCAAACCUCAUCGACUGGGAGGGACCUAAUGACCCCGACAAUCCAAUCAACUUUGGCACAUACUACAAGAUGUGGAUAACAUCUUGCUUGUCCAUGUUGUCUCUCGCUUCUACCUUAGGAUCCAGUAUAGUUGCUCCUGCAGAGGUAAUACUUUCGAGAUACUUUGGUAUUAGUCAAGAACUAACAGUCCUCGGUGUUUCGCUAUAUAUUCUCGGAUUUGCCUUUGGUCCAGUUGUUUGGGCUCCAGUGUCGGAGCUUUAUGGAAGACGGUGGUCAAUGUUACCUGCUGUAUUUUGUAUGGGGUGCUUUACCAUUGGGAGUGCUCUAAGCCGAAAUGCCACGACAUACUUUGUAACUAGGUUCCUUACGGGGCUCUUUGCAUCGGCCCCAGUGAGUAACGUCGCUGCAGCACUCGGCGACAUAUAUCUUCCAAAGGAUAGAGGACUGGCAGUAACCUUUUUCUCCAUUGCUGUUGUGGGAGGUCCUACACUCGGUCCUACCAUUGGAGCCGCACUGCUCGUCAGCCCUGGUCUCGGUUGGAGAUGGAGUGAAUAUAUUUCAGCGAUGUGGACCUUUGGGGUUCUGAUCGUCUGUUUUGGUGCUCUCCCAGAGACAUCAUCUGCGGUAAUCCUCUCAGCAAAGGCAGUCAAACGCAGAAUAAUUACCGGAAAUCAGGAGCUUUACCACCCAUCGGAGAGACAGAAGCCUUCGGCAAAAGAACUUGUCACGAAACACUUGUCUAGACCUCUUCGUAUGAUGUUGACGGAACCUAUAGUUAUAGCAAUAGGAUUCUACGCCUCUUUCACAUACGGUGUCCUGUAUCUAGCUAUCGUGGCUCUCCCCAUCGUUUUCUUGGAAACUCGACAAUGGUCACCUGUCGUCAGUACCCUUCCAUUUUUGGGGAUAUUCACCGGAGUCGUCCUUGCGACUUUUAUCAACAUUGCAAAUCAGCCUCGUUACGGGAGGCUAGUCGCAGCAGCAAAGGGUCGCCCAGUCCCCGAAGGAAGAUUAGCACCCAUGGCCUAUGGGGGCGUGCUCUUUGCAAUUGGGUUAUGGUGGUUUGGAUGGACCGCAGACCCAAAUAUACAUUGGGCCUCGCCUGUUGUGGCCACUGUCUUCAUCGGUUCUGGUUUUAUUGUGAUAUUCCAGCAAUGUAUGAACUUCCUUGUCGACUGCUAUUUGAUGUAUGCCGCAAGUGCCAUCGCAGCAAACACCAUUCUUCGAUCAAUUAUAGCUUGUGGUCUGCCUCUUGCUGCCAAACCUAUGUUCCAUAAUCUUGGUAUUGGACCUGCUAUGUCAAUCCUCGCUGGCGUUGCAACACUGGCUAUACCAGUGCCAUUUGUGUUCAUGAAAUACAGCGCAAAAUUGAGAGAGAAGUCAAAAUUCAAGACACCAGGGCCUCCAGCAGGCAUGGGGGGCCCGCCAGGCAUGGGUGGACCGGGUAUGGCAGGAGGAGGACCACCAGGCGAAAAGUCAGGGGGGCCACCAAUGGGGGCACAAACAGUCUUUCAAGGACUUCCGGAUGAGAAACCCAAACUACCUGAGUUUAUGAGUACACCAUCGGCGAGGACAAGCGUAAUAAGCCCCCGCGUUAGUCAGAAAAUAGGGCCAGCACAGCGCGUGUACGGCAUUGAGAAAAAGAACAGUGGACAAUGGAGCCAUUUGAGGAGUCCAAGGGGCAGUGUGAGAGACCAGGAACCUAUACCAGCAUCAUCGAGACGACAAUGCGUGACAGAUAUGCCUGUCAGUUCGAGAGAAAGUUUCAUGGGUAGCCCACGAGGACACCCCGGAAGUCCUCUUCGAAGUUCGACAAGCUUGGUAGAAAGUCCAUUCGCUUCGCAACCUGUCCGUGGAAGGACUUUAACCUAG